AUGAAGAUGAAGUUCAAGUCUACCUACGAUCGCUUGCUACUCGAUCGUGAAGCAAAUGAAGUUAAUGAAAGCGAAAACGAUGAGUGUGCCGGAGACGGGUACGAAGCAGACGACGAGUAUGAAGCCAGCGAGUAUGAAGCCGGCGAGAAUGAAGCAGACGAGGAUGAGGCGGACGAAGAAGACGAGGACAAACCCAACAAUGGAUAUGAAGCAUGCAAUCAUGAGGAGGUAAUUUAUAGAGUAGAGAACCCAUCAGGCUGGGAGGUAUCAGGCGAGGGACAUGGAUCAGAGUCAACGGAAUUUGAAGACCUAGACGUGGAGUGUGAGGACAAGCACAAGCACACAAUGGCCCGAGUAGACAACCGAUCAGACGAGAACGGAUCAGACGAGGGAUAUGGAUCAGAAUCAACGGAAUUUGAAGACCUAGAUGUGGAGUGUGCUUAG